AUGACGAAUGGAGAAUGCAACGGGAUUCACAACAGGGCGGGAGCAAAGGAAGGCAUCCAGCUGAAGAAGCUGCCAGACCUGACAGAAGUUACCAAGAGCAACCCUAUGCAGAAACUCCUGGCACAAGCGGUUGGACUGCACUUGAAGACAAUGCGAUCGGAUGUGGGGAUCACGCAGCUGGGGUUUGAGAACCUGGUGCAGUUUGUGGAAUUACAGCUGGAUGACAUGCUGCAGAUCCUGCACCGAUUCGCGAACGUGCAGCGGCGCAACGAGGUCUCGCUGAAGGAUGUGCGUUUAUUUCUGCAUGGGUGCGGCGUGGAGGAGGAGAGCCUGUACGAGGAGUACGUGCGCUCGCAAUAUGUGCGGCAACAGCAUGCGGGCGCUGUGCGUAGCAUUGAGGAGCAGAGCGCAUCGUUGAUGGGUCACUGGCACCAGCCGAUGAGUGAAGAGGAGCUGCUGUCCAGCUCGCACGCCGAGUUCUUCUUUAAGGACGUGGACAUACUAAAUCUCGUCCCGCCCACAAACAACAACAACCACUAUGUGCCCAAAUGGCUGCCGGAAUUCCCGCCGGACCACACGUACAAGUUCACGUCGAUCUACAACCAGCCCAUCACAGAUGAGCGCCAGAUGAAGCGCAAGCUGUUUGAGGAAAGCAAACUCUCAGAAAAGGCGCUACUCCAUAUGCUCGGCACCGCCACCAAGAAGCCGCGGGCAGACGACGCCCAGCUCCCGCAAAUCAUAAGCGAUGGCCAACAGGAAAAUCUGCUCAUAUAUGGCCCCGAGCGUCGCCGCCUGGCGCCGGAGCCAGCACCCACGCGUGGCUUCAACAUCGAGGACUAUGCGCGCUGCCGCGUCGAGCUCGCGCGACGCCGCGUCGAAGAGUUCGAACAACAGAAGCUGCAGGUCCAGAAAAACCCCUUCAUCCGCGCAGCCGCGGCGUGCUCGCCGUACGCAACAACUCGCCUCUCGCGCAAGGCCAUCGAGCGCGAGUUCGGUGUGCUCCUGCACCGCAGUUACAUCGGCGUUCUGCAUGCCAUCCCCCGCCUGCGCCGCACCAAGGCCCGCGAACUGGCUGCCGCCUACGAGCGCGAGCGCGCCCGGCAAGAAUCCAUGCGCAAUAACACCGACCUGACACAGCAGCAGCAUGGCGUGCUGGAUCUUAGCGCUCUGCACGACGAUCCCUUGCUGGCUGAUCUCGAUUCCAGCGAUUCCGAUGACGACCGUCAACCGCCAUCGCCGCGCAAACCACCGGACCCCACCGAGUCCGAUGCGCCAUCUCCCCCAACCGCUGACACAGCCACUCCUGCUCCUCCCAGCCCCCUCGCUAAUCCACCAGUCCUCGAUGCCGCCCCGGAGCCGCUAUCUGUUCCGCCUCCCAUCGAGAAGCUGGGCUCGCCCGACACAAACGCAGCAUCUGCUAGCUAG